AAUGAUGCUAUUAGAUGAACAACAGUAUUACAAUGGUCUUUGUUUUGGGCGCAAAUACAGUGAGUUUUUCAGCAAAGUCCAUCCAUUUUCUGUUGCGCUUAUCAUCACUAGUGCCGCGGGCAUUCUGGAGCCUAUCCCAUCUACGUUCGGACGAUAGAUGAAGAAGAUACACCACUCCCCGGAGACCCUGAAGAUAGCACUGGUUUCUAACUGCAAGGACUUGGCUGAACUUUACAGCCAGUACACCAAAGAAGAACGUCACCUUUUAGAGGAAGGACUGCAUCCGGGGCAGCCAAGUUCUCUUUUCCAGCCUGUUACGGUGCAUUCAGAUUCAGACUGGAUUCCCUCUCAUCCCGAAGAUCCUCAAGACUUUGAGAGCUUUUACAGAAACCCUCACAGAAAGACCCCCAGUGGAAACUGCGGCACUAUUUAUCUUCAAACCAUCGGCUCUUUUGGCGAGUCCGGGCCCCAAACAGAGCAGUAUGUGGAAUGGCUUCGAGAAUACUGCCAAGCCUUCUUCUGUGGACUCCCUGUUCGUUGGUUGCAAGCGGUCACGGUUGCACAAACAGGGUGUUCUUUCAGGAUUAACCAUGGCUCACAAAACCUUCAGUUGCUCACUGGUGACUUGCUGGAAUUUUUGUGGAAGGGGAAACCAAAAGACGCUUUUUGUAUUGCUGGGAUCACAAUGAUUGACCUUUACCCAAAAGACUCCUGGAAUUUUGUAUUUGGACAAGCAUCUCUCAAUAGGGGAAUUGGUGUUUUCAGCUUUGCCAGGUACGACGACAAUUUCUACAGCGAGAGUUAUGCGGGGAGGUUGAAGAAACACGGACGACCAAAGCCGGGGGACUAUUCUGUCUUCGAUGGCCAUUAUACUCCUCCCAUCACCAGCACGCUCUUAUUGCGAUCCUGCAAGACGAUGACGCAUGAAAUCGGCCACAUGUUGGGGAUACGGCACUGCCAGUGGCUGAGCUGUGUGAUGCAGGGCUCCAACCACUUGGAGGAGUCAGACCGUCGGCCCCUGGAUCUCUGUCCCAUCUGCCUGCGCAAACUUCAGGUCUCGGUGGGGUUUAACAUGGCCGAGAGAUACAAGGCCUUAUUACAAUGGAUGGAAGAGCAGCCAAGAUCAACACAAGCAGAAACCUUUUUUCCCAAACCUACUGAAGCCUUUCACGCAUCCAAACUCUGGCUGCAGAAGUGCCGGGACAUACUGGAGGUCAAUGAACGGCUUUGUCAGAAAAUGCUGACGGGAUUCAAACUGCCUUUUGUAUGUGGGAUGCUGCUGUGCGGCCUGUUUUUCCACUUGGCGUCUGAGCGGGUUGUUGGGGUUCAGAAGUCUAGCAAGAAGCCCAACUUCAUUAUCAUCCUGGCUGAUGAUAUAGGAUGGGGCGACUUGGAUGUGAACUUGCCUGAACCGAGGGCCAACAAUACACCAAAUCUGGACCUGAUGGCCCAGCAAGGAUUGAGAUUCUCGGACUUCCACUCACCGGCCUCGACCUGCUCCCCGUCCCGCGCUUCCAUCCUGACCGGACGCUACGGUCUCAGAAACGGAGUCACGCACAACUUUGCUGUGAGCUCCGUGGGCGGCCUGCCUCUGUCCGAAGUCACCUUGCCGCAGCUCCUCCGGCGGGCGGGUUACUAUACCGCCAUGAUCGGGAAAUGGCAUCUCGGCCAUAAUGGACCAUAUGGCCCAACGAAAAGAGGUUUUGACUACUACUUGGGUGUUCCUUACAGUAAUGAUAUGGGAUGCACCGACAUCCCCGGAUAUGAUCUCCCCCAGUGUCCCGCCUGCGGCUCAUCUGGACCUCAAAUAUUCAGACUGAGGAGGAAUGAAGACAAACACGCGAGCUGCUAUUCCAAAGUGGGCCUUCCUCUGAUUGAAAACAGCAGCAUUGCGGAGCAGCCACUUGACCUGUGGACACUGACUCAACACUACCAGUCCGCCGCGCUCAGAAUCAUGCACGAGGCGAGGGAGCGAGGACAGCCCUAUUUCAUUUACAUAGCGUUAGCGCACAUGCAUGUACCCUUGGCCCCAGCACCUCCACCCGCCACCGGCGCCACCCAUUCGCCAUCUGACAACCAAGUGUACGCUGCCAGCCUGCGAGAAAUGGAUCGCCUCGUGGGGUGGAUCAGGAGUGCUUCACGCCGAGACGACACGCUCAUCUGGUUCACUGGCGACAACGGUCCUUGGGAGCAGAAGUGCCAGUAUGCAGGAAGUACAGGACCCUUCAAAGGAAAGUGGCAGACAAAAAGAGGUGGGGGUUCUGCUAAGACGACAACUUGGGAAGGGGGCCACCGGGUGCCAACGGUGGCCUACUGGCCCGGCGUGAUCCCGGCGAACUCAACCAGCUCCGCCUUGCUCAGUGGAAUGGAUAUAUUCCCGACACUGCUCUCCCUGGCGGGGGUGACGCCGCCCUCCGACCGGCGCUACGAUGGCAUUGACGUCACAAACGUCCUCCUGCACGGCGGACAGACUGGUCACGAGGUUCUCUUCCACCCUAACAGCGGUGCUGGAGGGCGCUUUGGUGACUUACAGGCGGUCCGAACUGGGAAAUACAAAGCGUUCUACAUGACAGGUGCAGCUGAAGCAUGCGGCGGCAAGUCAGGAGCACAGGAACUCCACGAUCCACCGUUGAUAUUUGAUCUGGAGCACGACAAGACUGAGGAAACACCCUUAAAUGUUUGGACACCUGAAUACCAAGAGACAGCUGAGAGGGUUGCUCUCUGGACGGAGCAGUUAUUGUGGGAUAUCGCCACCGACCAAUCCGCGUCUGCGGCCGACUACACAACAGACAGCUCGGCUGUGCCUUGCUGCAACCCGACACAGCCGCUUUGCCGUUGUCUCUCGCUGGCCUGACCGCAGGAAUCUUCAAAAGGCAAGGGCGUAGAAACAAAAGAUUGCGGUUUGGAUGAGCGUUCAGAGGUUUGUUGUGUUGUGCCGUUUGGUAGGUGCAACGUCCAGAUGUGACGUGAAUGCGUGCAAACAAUCAAAUAGACGGAGCAAAGACAAGCAGACUGCCCGCAGAAGGUCACAUAGAAGCUGUGAGAUCAAUAAAACAAAGAGAAAAUAUUUGCUCAGGAUUCUCUUUUACACGCCAGAACUAUCACAUGUUAUGAUACAUAUUAAAAUACAGUGAAGAAAAUGAGUAUUUGAACAACCUGCUAUAUUGCAAGUUCUCUCACUUGGAAAUCAUGGAGGAGUCUGAAAUUUUCAUUGUAAGUGCAUGUUCACUGUGAGAGAGAUAAUCUCCAAAAAUCACAAUGUACGAUUUUUUUUUAACAAUUUAUUUGUGUGAUACAGCUGCAAAUAAGUAUUUGAACACCUGAGAAAACCAAUGUCAAUAUUCAGUACAGUAGCCUUUGUUUGCAAUUACAGAGGUCAAAUGUUUCCUGUAGUUGUUCACCAGGUGUGCACACACUGCAGGAGGUAUUUUGGCCCACUCCUCCACACAGAUCUCCUGUAGAUCAGACAGGUUUCUGGGCUGUUGCUGAGAAACACUGAGUUUCAGCUCCCUCAAAAGAUUUUCUAUUGGGUUUAGAUCAGGAGACUGGCUCGGCCACACCGGAACCUUGAUAAGCUUCUUACGGAGCCAUUCCUUGGUUUUCCUGGCUGUGUGCAUCGGGUCAUUGUCAUGUUGAAAGACCCAGCCACGACCCAUCUUCAAUGCUCUGACUGAGGGUAAGAAGUCGUUCCCCAAAAUCUCACAAAACAUGGCCGCGGUCGUCCUCUCCUUAAUAAAGUGCAGUCGUCCAGUCCCAUGUGCAGAAAAACACCCCCAAAACAUGAUGCUACCACCCCCAUGCUUCACAGUAGGGAUGGUGUUCUUGGGAUGAAACUCGUCGUUCAUCUUCCUCCAAUUACGGUGAGUGGAAUUAUGAUCAAAAAGUUCCAUUUUGGUCUCAUUUGACCGCAAAACUUUUUCCCAUGACUCCUCGGUAUCAUCCAAAUGGUCAUCAGCAAACUUAAGACGGGCCUUGACAUGUGCUGGUUUAAGCAGGGGAACCUUCUGGUGGACUUUUAAAGGAUGACUAACAGGUCUUUGAGGGUCAGAAUUGUAGCUGAUAAACAGGUGUUCCAAUACUUAUUUACAUCUGUAUCACACAAAUAAAUCAUUGAAAAAUUAUACAUUGUGAU